UUGCAUUGAAUGCAUUGUUUUGCGCACAAUCUGUCUGUCAUUUCAAGCAUUGAUGCAAAACAUGUGUUUCAUAUGUGUUAUGAUUUUGUUGUUAUCAUUGAUAGCAUCUAACCGGUGAUAAUGUGAUGAUAUUAUGACUGUUUUGACCACUUUAGCCAUUAAUGAUCACAUAGUCUUCAUUAAUCUUAAUUGAUUGACUCAUACAAUGUGUGAUUUAUACGAAGACAAACAAAUCGGUGAUAUCUCUUACCAUUGUUUUACCAAAUUAGGAAAAUCAGGAAAACCAAAGCCGAAGAGUGAAUAUACAGUAUUGGCGACCAUUGUUUGCAAUGUUAAGAACCAUACAAAUGAUUCAAUUGAUACCAAAGUUGUGGCCCUCACGACUGGCACCAAAUGUUUUGCAUCAAAUGAGUCAUCCAGUGAUGACCUGAUUGUCGACAAUCACGCCGAGUCACUACUGAAAAGGGCAUUCAAACGGUAUUUGAUUUGCCGGUUACAAAGUGGUCACAAUUUAGACGAUAUUCAAACUAUAACUUUGUUUGUGAGUCAACUUCCCUGUGGUUCACUUCAGCGAUGGAAAGGAGAUCCUGAUUUGGAGGCGAACUCAUCCAAAAGUAACAGACAUUUGUCAGAUGUUUGCCGAAAGCCUGGCAGAGGUGUGACCUGUUAUAGAGCGACGUGUCUCAAGAAAAUUGCAAAAUGGAUUCGCUUAGGACUUCAGGGGAAGGCAUUGAUUGCUUUGACUGGACGUCCUUUCUAUAUAAACAAUAUAGUGAUUGGCAAUUGUGGUCAAUCCGGUGAAUAUGAUCAACAAAUGUUGACAAACAUGUUAUCAAUGACCGAUAUUUGUACCGUUUAUAAUGGCUUUCAAAUGAAUUAUUUACCGAAAAUAAAGUUUUGUCACGAUUUUAGAUACGAGUGUUUCAUCAAAUCAGAUGCAAAAUACGCGACGUCUACAUCACUAGUCAUGUGGUUAACAGGUGAUGGACACAAAGUUACCGAAGUUUUAACGGAAGGCCACAAAUUGGGAGUUAUUGUUAAGAAUAGGUCAAGAAAUAAGCCAUUAAUAUGUGAUUCUUGUAUUCAUCGAGACAUUGGACUCUUAAGUUGUGAACUAAAUGACAAAUUGACUGAAGAGUAUAAUAAUCAAUGGAUUGAACUUAAAAAAUGUAAGCUUUUUGGUGACUGGCCUUCUGUUCAAUCAUUAAAUACCAGUUCAAGUAAUGACAUACACGUGAUUUACACAUAGACUACAAAACAAACCUGAAUUUUAAAGCAUAAUCAAUA